GCUGCACAUGCGCUUGCGAGCUCCCACUCCCACUCCCACCCCCGUCCCCUUCCUUCUCCGCUGUACUCUUCUCCUUGUCUGCCUCGCCGCCUACUCUACACAAUCGCAUCGCAACCAUAGAUCGGUUAUCACCCACCCUGCUCCCACGUGAAUCCACGCGCAAAAUUGCCCGCGGCAGCUUUUCCGGCGGAUUUGGUUUUCCUUCCUCCCCUUGGCAUCCACUCCUCGCAGGGUGGGUGCCCCUCAGCUUCUACUCUAGUCUAGUCUAGAUAUAAUAUAUUCUACAAAGACGAGGGAGGACGAGGAGAUCGAUCCAAGAUGUUAUAUGUGGCUCCAAGGUGGCGGUGCCUGCUAGCCGUGGCCAUGGCUAUCGCCGCGGUGCUGUCGGCGGCGGGCGGCGCCGGGGCGCAGGAGACGUGCUCGGGUGCGGUGCCGGCGCCGCCCAAGCGCGGGGCCUGGAUGUCCAUUGCCAGCUUCGGCGGCGCCGGCGACGGCCGGACGCUCAACACGGCGGCCUUCGCGGCCGCCGUCGCCAGCAUCCAGCGCCGACGCGCGCGGGGCGGGGCGCUGCUCUACGUGCCGCCCGGGGUGUGGCUCACGGGGCCCUUCAGCCUCACCUCACACAUGACCCUCUUCCUCGCGCGAGGCGCCGUCAUCCGCGCCACACAGGACACAUCUAGUUGGCCGCUGAUCGACCCGCUGCCCUCAUACGGGAGAGGGCGUGAGCUGCCCGGCAAGAGAUACAUCAGUUUGAUCCAUGGCAAUGGACUUCAGGAUGUUUUCAUUACAGGUGAGAAUGGCACCAUCGAUGGCCAAGGUAGUGUGUGGUGGGACAUGUGGAAGAAGGGUACAUUGCCCUUCACAAGACCCCAUCUACUCGAGCUGAUGGACUCGUCUAAUGCUAUUGUCUCCAAUUUGGUCUUCCAGGAUUCGCCAUUUUGGAACAUCCAUCCAGUGUAUUGCAGCAAUGUGUUGAUCAGAAAUUUGACUAUACUGGCUCCACAUGACUCUCCCAACACUGAUGGAAUUGAUCCAGAUUCGAGCAGCAAUGUGUGCAUUGAGGAUUGCAACAUCUCGACGGGAGAUGACCUGAUCGCCAUCAAGAGUGGAUGGGAUGAAUAUGGCAUAGCCUAUGGUCGCCCCAGCUCGGGCAUCACCAUUAGGCGGAUCACGGGCUCCUCCCCUUUUGCUGGCUUUUCUGUCGGGAGUGAGACCUCUGGCGGUGUGGAGGAUGUCCUCGCUGAGCAUCUGAAUUUCUACAGCUCAGGGUUUGGUGUUCACAUCAAGACCAACUCCGGCAGGGGAGGGUUCAUUCGAAACAUCACCGUCUCUGACGUGAUCUUGGACAAUGUCCGUUAUGGUCUGAGGAUUGCCGGUGAUGUUGGAGGACAUCCUGAUGAGCGGUACGACCACAAUGCGCUCCCAAAGGUCGACAGCCUGACAAUAAAGAAUGUUCAAGGGCAGAACAUCAAGGAGGCUGGGCUGAUCAAGGGCAUUCCAAACUCGGCAUUCUCCCGGAUCUGUCUGUCUAACAUUAAGCUUCAUGGCAGCGCGCCAGUCCGCCCAUGGAAAUGCGCGGCUGUGAGUGGAGGUGCACUCGACGUGCAGCCCUCCCCGUGCACAGAAUUGGUUAGCACGUCCGGGAUGAGCUUCUGUACGAGUUCCCUCUGAUGGUGAAUCAAGUCUUGCACUUCAGUUUCGGUGUCAAUGCCCUUGAUUCCUCCAAUGAGAUGACAUCAAAGGGUAGGCCAAAUAAUUUUUGUUUGUUUAUUAUGUAUUAUAUUUUCAGAAACCUUGUGCUUAGCAUCACUGGAAUCUAGUUCAACAAGUGAAAUGCUAUCCGGUGGUUCAAUA